ACAGGGGUACCAGGUGAACACAAUCGGGUAAUCAGGUAGAGGGAAAACAGACAGAAAGCGACAGGCAAGGCAGGGGGUGAAGACUUUUCAAAAUAAAACAUGAAACCAAAGAAAGAAAAAGACAAGACAAAACACAACACAGACAGAUCGUGACUCUUAUCUACACUUGCUUCUUUGACACAACAUUUUAGAAUAUAAUGGAUACAUAUUAUUAUGGUUUUAUUGUAAAAAGUAGAAUGUUACAAACCCAUAUAUUUUGAUGCCGCUCUCCACUCUGUCUAAGACAGGCUGCAAAGUGGUGAUGUUUGUAAAGCAAUUGACUUGAGAAUCUUGGGAAAAUAACAAAUGGCAUAUUAUUAGCAAAAUUAAGCUUGCUUUCUUCUCAAGAUCUGCCUUCAGCAAGGUGAUCUUGGGAAAAGGAAUAUAACUGAAGUCCUAAUGUCCAAGCUAAUUUUUACUGGACACAUAUACAUUCCAAAACGGCUAAAACCGCCUUAUGUAAUAAAAAAAUGAAUGAAUUAUCCAAGGUUGCUUUGUCUCUACUUAAUUUACCAUACAAAACAAUGUUUCUAUCUACAGAAAUGCAAACCCAUGUAAAAAUAAGUUGUUGAAAAACAUGUGUUAGUUUUUUUAGAGAGGACGAAGACAGGAUUAUGAUAUGUAAAUGUUUAUCUUGACCCUGAUGCUGUCCAGAUCAGCUACCUGUGUGUUCUGCGCGCCGUGGGUCGGAGCGCCGGGACGCAGCCGGAUCAGAAGACCAGGAUCAGGCAGCUGGUCGGCAGCACCAUCCUCAUCUUCCUCGUCUGCUUCUCCCCCUACCACGUCUUCCUGUUGGUACGCACCAUGCUGGAGCGAGACUGCAACUUCAUUAUAGGAAUAUUUAACUACUACCACCUGUCAUUGUUGCUGACCAGUCUGAACUGUGUGGCGGACCCUGCUCUGUACUGCUUCGUGAGCGAGAGCGCCCGCCGUGGCCUGUACAGAGUCGUUUUCAGGCCUAUUGGUAGGAUACUGUGUUGCUGCUGCCGCUGUGGCAACGCCAGCCCCAGCAACCCCCCCACAGACUCCAACGAGGUCGCCACCGACGAGAACAACGGACAUCCAACGGUGAUGCUGCUCACACACACAAAGACGCCCAACAACUUAGAAAAAGAAACUUCCAGCAAAAAGACGAUUUUAAUCACACAGACGGGAGAAGAAACGACUAUAAGCUUAGUUGUGUGAUAGCCGUGAAUGAGCAGAGCCAAAAGACCAAAGAGAUUGAAAAGAACUCUAUCUAAAUCAAUACUAGAGCAAUCAGAGACCUUAGAGGCCGAACAGCAGCGGCCCUAAUGAAAGCCUGCUGCCCACCCAAAUCUGUUUACACCCCCCCAAUGGCCUUGGACUGAAAGCAUUUUUCUUCUUCUCUCUCUGGGGCAAUUUUACUGAGCUUUGAUACAACAGUAUGUGAGAGCUCAACAUGAAUCUGACGCCCAAUUUGCCUCUCUACUGGAGUUGUACUCAAUUACCUUGAAUGAAUUGGGCAUUUCCAUAGCAAACCCUUAAGCUGGUACGCAGUAAAACGGCUUUACGCUGAUGUUAACCUUGUGUUUCUAUGGAGAGUGCGAUCCCGCCCGACUAGGUGGAAUAGCUAUACUUGGAGUCGAUACCAUACAAUUACCAUAACGUAACUUGAAAACAAAAAGUGCCAUGUGCAACCACAAUAGAUCAGAUAACUCUAAGUUUCAUUCCAGUCUAGUCCGCAGGCUCUGUAAGGGUUUGCAUUUCACUUGUGCUUUGUGUGUAAAAGUGACCUGAAGUGUAUCUUUAGGCAAGGUCUCAUUGACAGUUGAGUAGAAAGAUAUCAUUGUACAGUUUGUCAUGCACCCUGACCAGGGUUGGACAACAUUAUUAAUCUUGGGAAAUAUGUCACUGAGGCAUGGAUUCAUGUCCAAUACGUUUUUUUAUCUUUCACAGAAAAGUGUCUGAUGGCAGGGUCAUGUGGGACUUUGGAAAUGCCACAGUGUCCCGAUUCAGUUCUGAGAAUGGCAGCUAAACCUUAGCUUUUUAUAUAAAUAUAUACGUAUAUGAACUAUAUAUUAAAGUUGUCUACAAACACGACAUAUAUCUAAGGCUACCAACCUCCUACUUCUUCCUCUUACCAACAUUCAUUGACAUGAGACUUAAGCAUGACUUUGCAUUGGUGUAGGAAUCUUAAGCUUUAAAGCAAUACCGUGUGACUUUUUCAGCAAAUAUGGCCCAUAAUUGUCAAAAAAGGGAAAAUGGAAAAAGAAGAGAGAAGAGUCCGUCAAGUCUGCAAACUGACAGGACUGUCUGUUACAUAGCAUAGCUAGUGUGUAACACCAUUACAUGGUUGUUAACAUUAGCCAGCAGGUAAAGCUUUGGGAGCAGAACUACUUACUGUAUGUAAAUGUGCAAGAGUCUUAUAAAUGUUUUGUAUGUGUAACUUUGUUUCUCUUUUCAGAAGUUACACAGUCUUGCUUUAACACAGUAAUGUCUUUUUACUGGAUUGGACUUCCCUUUUUUGUUGUUUCAGAAGACCAACGCUAACUUCAACGUUUUUAUUACCAUACAUUUGUUUUGAACAAGUGCUCCUAUAAACAUUGGUCAACUUCUUCUUCUCCCUUCUAAUCUGGGAUCAGUGAGUCUCCUACCAGGUGGGGCUCCCGAGCCAAAAUGAUUGAGCGAGUGCUGGAGCAGGAGCGAGCUAUCUCACAAGUCUUGGCCGCAGACAAAAAAACAAGGCAUCUGGUUCUGACCUGGCAAGACCUGGAAGUAAUCUAAUCUCUAACCUUAACCCAUUAAACAAAUUAUCACAAACUAAUCUCCUCAACAAGUUUGACCCCGACUUCCUCCCGUAAUUUACCAUGAACUGCAUAGCAGUGAAAAGGCAAAGAAAGCAACUCACUGGAGACCAUGGACACCACUGUAAAGGCACACCUAUUUCAUCAUAAAUGUUCUGCACUCGUUUUGUGUAGUGAAGACGGAAGAACCACCACUCUAGGAACAGUUAUUGCUUACAGCAGGCAUCCUCAAAGUCCGGACUCCGGUCCGGAUCCGGACCGAACCACCACUGUCUCUGGACUCUGAGCAAAUUAUACUUUUCAUAUGUAUUAUCUGUAUAAUCUGUAUUAUCUGUAUUAUCUGCGAGACACAACGCCUGCCACAACGCCUGCCUUAUCCGUCUGCCACAACGCAACGAGUCAAAAUUAUCCGCUAUGUCUGCAAACAGCGCUCUGGCGACACACACACACACACACACUGUUCCACUGUGUGUGUGUGUCUGUCAACGCUUUGGUCCAAUCACAUUCAGCAGCCCGUCAGCGUUUUUUUCCCCCACCAACAGUCUGCGAAUCAGAGGCACAGGAGGGCGGGUCUUCGCGGAAUGAAAAUGCGUGUGUCGUCUCUUUCAACCUGUCUGAGUCAGCGCGGGAGCUUAAAAAAUAAAUAAAGUCAGAGCGAGAGUUGACAGCGCAUCUAGUUGCAUUUAGCUAGUAGUUUCAGCUGUAGCCUAGUGUAGCUAGUAAAGCUAGAAAAAUGGCAUGUUCAAAGAUGACCAAUAAAAGAAAAGUCGACAGUGAAAACCGGCAAUUCAAAGAUGAGUGGAC